AGCGAGUUUCAACUUACUUUAACUUCCUUCCAUCAAAUCGAAUUGUUGUUUGAGACUUUAGAAACAAAAAUGAGCUUUGGCCCUUCGCCCCGCUCUUGUCGCAGCCAAAAUGGGUAACGCAUGACUUUAUACUGGGCUGCAGGACAUCAUUCCCAACCUGCCAGAUAGUCGCCCAGCUCCAAUGAACAUAUGAUACUACUUGGGACUAUUAUCUCAUGUCUGAGGAAUUUAUAUAGUGGAGUAUAUCUUCAUGUUCCUUUUCAUGGUUUUUCAUCGCCAUUCGUAAAUACGUACCGAGCCAAGUCUUCGCUUGAGGCUAAAUCGAGAAAUCAGCCUCCAAUCUAUUAUGGACCUUAAGACACAAUCUUAAAGCCCAGAUCUACAGCCACGCGAAAUGAUUGAUAGAUUCUCGAAACUAAUCGUGGAUGGACAGACCGAUGCAAAGGAAUGGACUUAUGUCCGCGAGACAAAGAACUACCAAGACGACCACGGAGUCACGGAUGUUAGCAGCGUAGACCUUCGUUGCUUCCAAUACAAAGGCGCUGCCAGUACAGUCACUGUUGCUGCAGGGGACUCUCUCGGCUUCGUCGCUGACCAAGGCGUUGAUCAUCCUGGACCUGUUCAGUUCUACAUGGCCAAGGUUCCCGAUGGAACCACGACUGAUGCUUGGGAUGGCCCAGGGAAGGUCUGGUUUAAGAUUGGUUAUUUAGGUCAUAAUGUCACUGCGAAGGGUAUUGAAUGGCCCACUUACACCCCAACUAUCCAGAAAAACGUGUUCGUCAAGAUACCAAAGAACGUUCCCAUGGGUAGCUACCUUGUUCGUGUCGAGAGCAUCGCCCUGCAUCAAGCACAACAAGCUGGCGGAGCCCAAUUUUACCUCGGUUGUGCGCAAGUCACAGUCACUGGUGGUGGGAGCGGAACUCCAAGCCCUCUAGUCUCGUUCCCAGGCGUGUAUAAGAUUUCAGAUGCAGGGCUUAUUCUGCCUGUUUAUCCUGUCCCUACAAGCUACACCCCGCCAGGUCCCGCGAUUUGGGAAGGAUAA